AUGCGUUCGAUUCUGGUUGCCCUGGCCGUGGGAAAUGGCACCGGCCCCGAGUUGCUGGCCAUAUUCGAGAGGGUCAUCAUCGCAUUGGCAGCGCCAUACAACAUGGAAGUCCGAUUCGUCACUUCUCCGCGGACUUACCAUUCCUACUCAUCACUCCUGGCCAUCAAUGACACCGACGUAGUGAGUAGUGAGACCCUCACGGAUGCGGAUCACUACGAAAGCUUCUGUCGCCAAGUAGUGACUUUUGGAGCAUGCGCCAUAUUUCGCACCUCCAUCAGCGCGCAGGCGCUUUACAUGGUUCGAGAUCGACUACAGGCUGUGAAAGUGGAGAACUUCAAAAUGAGCCCUUCUACAUCGAUCCUACUAGUGCGAGAUCAGGCACAGGGAUUCUACUCCGGUUUGAACACGAUUGAUUCAAACCAGGAGAUAGUUUCACGAUCAUCAUAUUUCAGCAAGAAGGUCUUCGAGCAGGUCCUCACUUUCUCACUUGCACGUGCUCGCGAGACUUGGGGCCCUGAAACCCCUAUCACGACUGCCACACUGGUGUACAAGUUCCACCUCUUCGACGGGCUUUUCUAUUCGUGGGCAAAGGAGUGGAAGGAAUAUUAUGGCGUGGACAUUCAAUUUAUCCAGGGCGACACGAUGAAUCGCAAUCUAUUAGCGUUCGGUGUCCAGGGCCACCAACUGAUGAUAUGCGCAAAUGAAUACGCAGAUAUCAUGCAGACGAUGCUACUAGAUCGGCUCGGUUUUGGCGCCCAGGAGUCUGCAUGCGCCGAAAAUGUGUAUCUCUCGGCCGGAGUGAAGCAGGGCCUAAGCGAGUACCAGACAGCGCAUGGCUCCGCUGACGACAUUACCGGGAAGGGCGUGGUCAAUCCGACAGCGACAAUUCGCGCAGCGGCGGCUCUACUGGAGCGCCAUGGGGGAUGUCAGGGUAUUCAACGCCAAAUGGAUGUUACCCUUGAGGAGAUGCGUGCGAAGGACAUCCGCACACUGGAUCAAGGCGGCACGACCAAGACUCAAGCCUUUGUGGAUGCUCUGCUGCAAAUGAUCACCCCGAAUAUCCCCGUAAAUGUCUGUGCAAGUCAUCCUUCUGUAAUAGGGGCUUUGGCCCCGGCCCCACACGGGAACAAGUCGUGUCUCAUGGUGAUGGAUUUCCAGAACGACUUCAUGACGCAGUACAAGACGCCCCGGGUGAUGCUGCGGAUCAAAGAACACAUGCCGCGGCUCGUGGAGUGGGCGCGCCGGGAGGGGAUGGACGUCGCCUGGGUGCGAUUUCUCGGCGACGAGAAAUAUCAACCUGAGACAUGGCGGCGGCGCAACCAGCUACAGGGCCGGCGGGCCUGGUGCAAAGAAGGCACAUGGGGGGCGGAGGUUGCGAGUUGCGUGCAGAUCCAACCGCAUGACCGGAUAUUUGACAAAAAGGCCUACUACGACCCAUUCUUAGGGGCGGACUUUGUGACCUAUGCGACAGGAUUCGAGCAUCUUGUGGUGGUGGGCCUAUUUGCGGAUAUAUGUGUGGAUGCGGCGGUCCGAGGCGCAUUCCAACGGGGCCUGUGGACCACCGUGGUCCGCGAGUGCACCGCGGGUUUGCAUCUGCCUGAAGAGCAGAGCUUUGCUUACAUGGAAGCUGUUUACGGCACCAAGGUGGUAGGGGUUGAUCAAUUGCUAUCGACCGGGCCGGUGGCUAGUCUAUAG